AUGGAGAAGGAGCUCGAGAUCACUACCACCGGUUCCCCUCCAGACCCAGCCGGGGACCAUAUCCCCGCGUUGCACCAGGACCAGAAAAAUGCAGAGAAACCCGACAUCCUGGACGACGACAUCACAAACAUUGAUGUCAGCGAGGAUAAAGACUCGCGUGCCUCAACUGAAGAUGAGGAGCAGCACAUCUCGUUCCGUCCUGUCGAGCCUGUGGCCGUCUCGGUCCGUGGCCUUACAAUCACGGUGUCUGAACAUUCGACACUUGGAAAGAAGAAAAAGAAACCGAAUAAUAGCGAUGGUGGUGAAGCACCACCAGAAGAGAAGGAAAAAAAGAUCCUUGAUGCCGUGUCUGCAGAUUUCCCUGCUGGCGAGCUCACGGCUAUCAUUGGUGGCAGUGGUAGUGGAAAGACCUCAAUGCUCAACAUCAUGUCCUCCCGCAUGACAGGCACAAAUCUCCGCACCACCGGCACCACGACCUUUGCCGGAGGCCGAGCACUCUCGGACGUUAGCUACGCCUACGUGAUGCAGCAGGAUGUUCUGCUGCCCACACUGACGGUGCGUGAAACACUGCAAUACUCUGCGGAGCUCCGUCUCCCUGCAUCAACCACUCCUGCGGAACGCACACGUGUAGUCGAGGAAGUGAUUCUGCAGUUGGGGCUCAAGGAGUGUGCCGACACGCGUAUCGGGGACAACGAGCACAAGGGGUGCUCCGGGGGUGAGAAGCGGCGGACAUCUAUUGGUGUUCAGCUCCUGGCGAACCCAAGUGUAUUAUUCCUCGACGAGCCCACAACGGGGCUUGAUGCAACUAGUGCGUUUCAGGUUGUGCGGACGCUUAAGAGGCUGGCGGCUAGGGGCCGUACAGUGGUGGCGACGAUCCAUCAACCGCGGUCAGAGAUUUGGGGGCUGUUUGAUCGCAUUGUGCUGCUGAGCGGCGGGCGGCCGCUGUAUGCGGGAAGGGUGGAGGGCGUGUUGGAACAUUUUAGGGGGUUGGGGUGGCCGCUGAGGGAGCAUGAGAAUCCGGCGGACUUUUUGGUGGAUUUGGCGGCGGUGGAUUAUCGUGGUGCGAGGGCCGAGGAUGAGUCGAGGGCGAGGAUUACGGGGUUGGUGGAAAGGUGGCGGGAGGCGGAGGGGAAGGUGCUGGCGGAGGAGAAUGGUGGUGGUGGAGGGGUGGGGAAGGGUGUUUGUGAUGCUCCGCAGCAGGGUGGUGGGAAGAAGUUACAGUCUGGGCCUGGGCUUGGAAGGGAGAUUGCGGUGCUGACGAGAAGAGGGCUCAAGAUCACGUUUAGAGACCCUAUGGGCAUUGCUGGUGCGCUCUUUGAGGCCAUCCUAAUGGGUGUGAUUGCUGGCUGGAUCUUCUUUGACGUCAAUAAAUCUCUCUCUGGGAUCAGGACUCGGGAGGCAGCGCUUUAUAUUGCGGCCUCGCUCCAGGGCUACCUCAUCCUCCUCUUUGAGACGUACCGUAUCUGCGAGACCGAUAUCAAGCUGUUUGACCGCGAGCGUGGCGAGGGCGUUGUUAGCGUUGUUGGUUUCCUGGUUAGUAGACGUAUUGCGAGGCUUUGCGAGGAUAUUACGGUGCCGUUCCUGUUCUCAACCAUUUUCUACUUUAUGGUUGGGUUCGAUUCGGCCCCAGUGCAGUAUUUUGUGUUUUUCGCCAUCGUGCUGGUAGGCCAGUUUUUAGCCGUGAGUUUUGCGACACUGUGUGUGGGAGUGAAUAGAAAUUUUGCGGAGGCAGUACUGGUGGGGAAUCUGUCGUAUACCCUGCAGAGUGUGGCGUGCGGAUAUUUCAUCCAGGCGAGCACCAUGCCGGUCUAUGUGAGGUGGUGUAAAUAUAUCUCGUACAAUUGGUAUGCUUUUGGAGCUCUCGUCUCGAACGAGUUCUCUGAUAAGUUCUAUGCUUGCCCAGCUACGAAUGCAUCCCCAACGAACCCUCAGUGCCUUGAGUAUACGGGCAAAUUCAUCCUAGAUUCGCUUUCCUUCCCCGAGCACUGGCGGACUGUCCCGAUAGUCAUUAACGUCUCAUGGGCUGUGUUCUUUUAUAUUGUUGCAGGCCUGCUGCUUAAGUUCAAGCCCGUUGAUAUCAAUGUCUCCUCCGCACGCCCCAAGUCUGACGAGAAAGACCGCAGCGCCGGGAAGGAAAACAUUACCCGCACCGGUAGAGAGCAGGUCAAAGAAAUCGACGUUGUGCUCGAUAAUUGUAGUCUCACCAUUGAGAAACCUGGCAUGUCACUCGGGCUGUUUGGCAAGACCAAGGGCACCGUAGAGCUCGAGAUUUUGAAGGGCGUGAGCUCUCGCUUUGAGGCCGGGAAGCUCAAUGUCAUCAUGGGCCCCUCUGGCAGCGGCAAGAGCACGCUCCUCAACCUGAUGUCGAGGCGGCUCCACAGCUCCAUCUCCACGCGCUAUCGCUCGGCGGGGAAGAUGCUGUUUAAUGGCGCGCUUCCGUCAGACACCGUGAUUCGUUCGCUGUGCUCCUACGUAACGCAGGAUGAUGAUGCGCUUCUGCCGUCGCUGACGGUGCGGGAGACGCUGCAAUUUGCGGCGGCACUGAGGCUACCUGGGUGGAUGUCGAAGGAGGAGAAGCACCGGCGGGCGGAGGAGGUCAUUUUGAAGAUGGGCUUGAAAGACUGCGCAGACAACCUCAUUGGGAGUGAGUUUGCGAAGGGCAUCUCGGGCGGUGAGAAGCGGCGUGUGACGAUCGCUGUCCAGAUCCUGACCGAGCCCCGGAUAUUGCUGCUCGAUGAGCCGACGUCUGGGCUCGAUGCCUUCACGGCUGCGUCUAUCCUCGGUGUGCUUCGUGGGCUGGCAGAGGAGGGUAGGACCGUCAUCUCAACGAUUCAUCAGAGUCGUUCAGACCUCUUUCAAGGCUUUGGGAACAUCCUGCUGCUGGCCAGGGGCGGGCAUGUCGUGUAUUCGGGCAAGGGUGACCAGAUGCUGCCAUACUUUGCCUCAUUGGGCCAUACAUGCCCGACCACCACCAACCCCGCUGACUUCGCGCUCGACCUCGUAACAGUGGACCUACAGCACGCGGGCCGCGAGGCGGCGUCGAGAGUCAAGGUGCAGAGGUUAAUUGAGAGGUUCUCGCACUCCGAGGCGCUGGCAUUGGAGGAAGGGGCGGCGCCGAAGGAGAUUAGUCUGCCCGCGGAGCUGGGGCAGAUGAAGAGGGCGAAGGCGCCAUUCCGCACGGCGUAUCCGAUCCUGGUCCGGAGAGGUCUUAUUAAUCUGAGGAGGCAGCCGCAGCAGAUUGUUGCGAGACUGAUGCAGGUGGUGGGGUUGGGAAUUAUUUUGGCGCUGUUUUACUCGCCACUGAAGCAUGAUUAUUAUUCAGUGCAGAAUCGGGUUGGUUUUGUGCAGCAGAUCUUGUCAUUGAUCUUUGUCGGCAUGCUCCAAAACGUGUCAGUCUAUCCCUUCGAGCGCGACGUCUUCUACAAAGAACACGACGACCGCGCCUAUGGUACUACCGCUUUCUUCAUCGCCUACCUCACCCUUGAGCUCCCCUUCGAGCUCGCCACCUCCCUCAUCUUCUCCGUUCUCGCCGUCCUCGCCGUCGGCCUCCCACGCACCGCCAAGCUCUUCUUCAUCGUCACCUUCAACACCUUCUGCAUCACCUCGUGCGGCGAGAGCGUCGGCAUCUUCUUCAACACGCUCUUCGCGCACACAGGCUUUUCCGUCAACGUCACGAGCACCAUCCUCUCUAUCGGCGUGUUCAUGGCUGGCAUCAUGAGCAUCGACAUGCCCGGCUUCCUCGAGGCGUUCAACUAUCUCAGUCCCAAUAAGUAUGCGACGCAGAAUCUGGUGCCGUAUUCGAUGAUGGGGGUGAAGUUUACGUGUACGGAUGCGCAGAGGCUGCCCGGGGGUAGGUGUCCGUUGGAGACGGGAGAGGAGGCGUUGGCGCUGUUUGGCAUGGGGACGAAGGACGUGUGGUGGAGUCUUGUGGGGUUGGCGAUCGCGACAGUGGCGUAUAGAGCGAUAGCGUAUAUGGUGUUGAGGGUGAGGAGAAUGCAUUUGGGGGUGAGGAUGAAGGAGUAG